AUGAUUCUACGACUGCUCUUCCUGGCAGUGGGGGCCAUAUCGGUGGCUCUUACUAGCCCCAAUGAGGCAUUGAAAUCAUGUUUCCAGAAUACUCUGACAGACCCGGGAAGUUUUGCCUUUGCUGGGGAUCUGUUCUACGGCCUCAUCGUGAAUCGCUACAACCUGAACAUUCCCACUACUCCAGCUGCAGUGGCGUUUCCCACCUCUUCUCAGCAGGUGGCCGCUAUAGUCAAGUGUGCUGCAGAGCACGGAUAUCCAGUCCAGGCCAAAAGUGGAGGGCAUAGCUAUGGCAAUUACGGUCUUGGGGGAACAGACGGUGCCGUUGCGAUUGAUUUGAAACAUCUCCAACAAUUUUCCAUGGACAACACAACUUGGCAAGCGACAAUUGGGGCAGGAAGUUUACUGAGUGACGUGACACGGCGACUGUACCAUGCCGGUGGACGGGCCAUGUCUCACGGAGUUUGUCCUCAAGUGGGAUCAGGGGGACAUUUUACAAUUGGUGGUCUUGGACCGACCUCGCGCCAAUUUGGUGCCGCACUUGACCAUGUUCUGGAAGUUGAAGUGGUUCUUGCCAACUCGAGCAUUGUCAGAGCCUCUGAUACGGAAAACCAGGACCUCUUUUGGGCUAUCAAAGGUGCUGCCUCGGGCUACGGUAUCGUCACGGAGUUCAAGGUCCGAACUGAGCCUACGCCUGGUACGGCGGUGCAGUAUGCAUUUAGCUUGGAGAUUGGCAGUCCCAAGGAGCAGACAGUUCUUUUCAAGAGCUGGCAGGCUUUCGUGUCAAACCCGAACCUGACUCGGAAGAUGGCAUCGACCCUCACUGUGCUUGAGAGGUUUAUGGUUAUCAGUGGUACUUUCUUCGGCACCAAGGAAGAGUAUGAUAAGAUGAAUCUUACCAGCCAGUUCCCCGGUGCAAAUGGCGGCGCAUUGAUUUUUGAUGACUGGUUAGGUCUUGUCGCCCACUGGGCGCAAGAUCUUGUUUUGAAAUUAGGUGCUGGGAUCCCAACGAAUUUCUACGCAAAGUCUACUUCUUGGACGCCACAGACACUAAUGACGCCGGAGACUAUUGACAAGAUGUUCGACUACAUUGGUACCGUCGACAAGGGUAGUUUGGGCUGGUUCCUAUUGUUCGAUUUUCAGGGAGGUUACACCAGCGAUAUUCCAACUAACGCUACAUCUUACGCCCAUCGUGAUGUCCUCAUAUGGCUACAGUCCUAUACACUGAAUUUCUUCGGACACAUCUCCCAGACUCAAAUUGACUUCCUCGAUGGGCUUAAUAAGAUUGUCGCUAAUGAUAACUCUCCCUACACUGCCUACCCAGGUUACGUUGAUCCUCUCAUGGCCAACGGCCCCGAGGCAUACUGGGGUACUAAUCUCCCCCGAUUGCAGCAGAUCAAAGAGGAAGUUGACCCAGACAAUGUAUUUCGGAAUCCACAGAGUCCAACCUCUCCAAAUAAGUGA